AUGGAGUUUGCGUUCCUUCCAACUCGAACUAAUUUUUUCCUAUCGAAUGGACAGCUUCACGUAGGGUUGGUAGUUCGAAAAUUUCGCAGUCUUCAGUUAGUUCUCUUUCGCUUCGACCACCUUUUAAACCGCUGGCAUUUCCUCAUGGGUUUCCCGCUUCUACGGAAUCUCAACCACGUGACUCUUCGAACGUACAGCACUCGAUGCAACCUCGUUUAUCUGGUCGUCACCGUGCGGCCCUUUAUUUCGGCACUUCAUAGUCUAAACACGCCAAGCGAAUUCUCUCACGUCUUUGUCGUCGACCUGCUGCUUUUAGAGGUCGUCGGCUCUUCCUGCGGCUAUUUCGGCAGCAGCAUCUUAAACAACGAUUGCUUCAUCUUGACGAAUAAACUCCAUUUCGUUACUAACCGGCAAACGCUUCUAGGUCAUCGUGACAAGUCGCCGACGACAGCAAAAGUCCUUGUUAUUAAUCCAUACGACCAGAAAUAUUUACAUGUUCUCUAUCCCGUACGCGCUCCAAGACUGGAAAGACUUCCUAUCGUACCUUUGAGUCGCAAAGAUCUAUUCUGCUCCGAGUCGCUUAGCACAGUCAGAGAGUCUAUUUUGUGCGUAUUGCAUCAGAUGGGGCCAUACGUAUCUAAUAUGUUUAUUUUCGAUAUGGAACAUCGCAAAUGGUUCCAGACACCAUCCCCGCCACCGAUAUUCAAAAGAAAACCUUCGAAACCGAUGCUGAUCUAUGCUUAUGUGCCUGUAAGUACAUUAAUACCGGAAACUGAUCCAAGUAUUAUUUCUGCAGAUGAAAACAUUUUUCAGGAAUGGCAGCUUCGCAAAAGAAAAUAUUGA